CACCCGCACAACACAAAAACAAGAACAUGAAUUGUUUUCGACAGUAAAAUUGAAGUAUUUAUUAGGAGGGACUGCCCUUUCAAUGACCAUUCCUGUGGAUAGAUUGUUCCCAACAUCAAGUUAUGGACUUGCCAAAUAGCAACUGACGUGAAAAUCCAAGGCGAAACAAUGAUUAAAAAGAUUUUCGGCAAUCCAACGUUGAAGUUUUGGCUCUAUUUUGUUAAAGAACAGGCCGACUAUUUUAAGGAAACAGUCCUCAAGAUUGAGAGUGACAACAUCUCGGCGAUCGACGUCGCAUUUCAUUUAGAUGAGUUGAGAGGAAACAUCAUGCUUCGGAAAGAUGAACAUUAUUUGAGUCCGGAUGUGGAAGCCGAGAAAACUCAAGUUAUCAAGAAUGGGGGGCUGAAAGAAUCUCGUAUCAAUCAAAUAAUAUCAAGUUUCUUAGACACAGCUAAUGAUUAUCUUGGCGAAUGGAGCGAACAAUUUGAACAGAUACGAACGUUUCGUUGGGUAUCAAUGCGAACCGUCCCAAUAUGGAAUGAAAUUAACAACACGAUGAAAGAUAUUUCGGAAAGAUUUAAUUUUGAUCUGAAUGUGAACUCGUCUAAGGUGUUCUGCCAAUAUGGCUUUAUUAAAACGUACUGUUCGUCAGAUAAAAUAACUGCAUGGAACAAGUGCAAAACGCCUACAGAAGAGCGUUGGGUGCAGGUAUUUCGACACAUGGAAACAGAACAAGUUCCUUAUUUGGAGUUUUCUCAAAACGUGAGUAACGAUGAAUAA